AUGUCUGAGGAUUGGAUUGAGAAUAAAAUCAAUAGAGGCGCUUUUAGUAAAGUUUAUAAGGCAACCCUACGAAGUACAAAAAAUAUUUAUGUAUUGAAAAUUAUUGAGAACAAUGAACAUAUUAAUAGAGAGCUUGUAAACGAA